CUCCCGUGCUGUGCUGCCGAGGCGGACGUUAUGGCCGCGCCGGAGCUCCGGCGACGCUUCUGCUGCUGCACCUGCUUCUGCACCGAGAACCUGUACGUGGCACGCUACCGGCUGCACGUGCGCUUCCAGGACGAGCAGCAGCUGCGCCGGGACUACGGCGCGGUGCUGCGCGGCCGGGGCUGUGUGGGCGCCGAGGACUUCCAGCAACUGUUGGCCGAGCUCCAGCAGGAGGUGGAAAGGCGCCGGCGGCAGGCACAGGAGUCUGCUGUCAGGAAAGCCCUCAUCUCCAGCCGCUACCAACCAGCGCGACCUGAUGUCUACAAUGUGCUGCAGGAGGCCUCCCUGGCACCUGAGUUACUGGCUGCAGUCCGGUACAGUGCCUCCCUGGGCGCUAGCCUGGAGGGCCUUCUCCAGCGGCUGGAGACUGUGUCCGAGAGCAAGCGCAUCUACCGGGUUCCCGUGUUGGCCGCUCCCUUCUGCCGAGCCCUGCUGCAGGAGCUGGAGCACUUCGAGCAGUCGGACUUGCCUAAGGGCAGGCCCAACAGCAUGAACAACUACGGGGUGCUGCUGCGGGAGCUGGGCCUGGACGAGCCGCUGGUCACUCCGCUGCGGGAGCGCUUCCUGCAGCCGCUGACUGCCCUGCUGUACCCGGACUGCGGCGGGGGCCGGCUGGACAGCCACCGCGCCUUCGUGGUCAAGUACGCCCUGGGCCAGGACCGUGAGCUGGGCUGCCACUAUGACAACGCCGAGCUCACACUCAACGUGGCCCUGGGCAAGGACUUCACCGGGGGCGCCCUGUACUUCGGGGAGCUGGUGGAGGCGCCCGCCGGCCCGGAGCCCCUGGAGGUGCAGCAUGUGGUGGGCCAGGGGCUGCUGCACCGCGGCGCGCAGCUGCACGGAGCCCGGCCGCUGGGCAGCGGCGAGCGCUGGAACCUGGUCAUCUGGCUGCGGGCGUCGGCCGUGCGCAACCGCCGGUGCCCCAUGUGCCGCCGCCGGCCCGAGCUGGCGGACGCCGAGGACUUCGGCGACGGCUUCACGCGCGAGGAGCCCGCCGUGCUGGACGUGUGCGCGCUGACCUGAGCAGGCGGAAAUAAAGCGCCCGGCCUACCGGGCACCGCGAACCA